AUGGGUGAAUAUGGUAAAUCAUAUUCUGAUCUUGAAAAAUCACUACAUAUCAGACCCGAUUUUGCCGAUGCUGCGUUAAAUUUUGCAAUCGUUAAAAGAAUCAUUAACGGUCAUAAUGAAUCUAAGGGUGAUAUACCAUUCAUACAUUAUAAUUUACUUCAGGAUAUUAGACAUUUAAGCGGAGGUGGAUUUGGUGAGAUAUUUCAAGCUAAUUGGGCAAAUGAUUUAGGAGAAAAGAGAAAAGUCGCUCUCAAAUAUUUAAAAUCUUCAAAAGGUUAUUCUAUAGAUGUUGUAAAUGAA